AUGUUGAAGGAUGACGUCAUUGAAGAGGUACCCGAACCAAGCCCUUGGGUUUCCAAUCUUGUAGUGGUGCCUAAGGCAUCAGGAGGUUUAAGGGUUUGCUGUGAUUUUAGAGAGUUAAAUAAAGCCAUUGUAAGGGAACGAUAUGUCCUUCCCAAAGUAGAAGACACUUUGGAUACCCUAAAUGGCUCAAAAUAUUUUGCAAAAAUUGAUGCAAGAAGCGGAUUUUUCCAAUUAACGCUGUCAGAGGAAUGUAGAUAUUUGACAACGUUUAUAACAAACAAAGGCUGUUUUCGUUUCAAGCGUGUUCCGUUUAGGUUAAGCGAUAUCAGCGAAACCUUCCGAAAAGUCAUGGAAGAAAUUUUGUUCGGCCUAAAAGGGGUAGAAAUCUCGGUAGAUGACGUCAUCGUCCAUGCAGUAACGAUAGAUCAAUUAAUAAGUAGGCUGCACGAGGUAUUUGAAAGGUGUAGGGAACGUAACUUAAAGUUAAACCCUAAAAAGUGCGAGUUUGGGCUUACCCAAAUACCGGUGUUGGGUCAUGUCGUGUCAGCCAAGGGUAUUCAACCAGACCCGGUGAAAACAAAAGCAAUUCAAGAGGCCCCUCCCCCUGCCAACGUUGCAGAAUUGAGAUCAUUUUUAGGCGUUUGUGGGUAUGUAUCGAAGUUUAUACCGAAUUACGCCGAGCUGGUUGAACCCCUUAGGCGGCUGACAAGGCAAGGCACUAACUGGACAUGGGAUAGUGAGCAAGUAGAGUCGUUUGAGGAGUUGAAACGUGCACUUUCUAACGAACCAGUGUUGGCUUGUUUUAAGUUAGAUGGUCCCACUGUUCUUGUGACAGAUGCUAGUCCAGUAGGACUAGGUGGGGUUCUGUUACAGGAGCAAACAACAGGUGAGCUAAAGCCUGUCGCAUAUAUAAGUCGAUCUCUGACACCUACUGAAGCGCGAUAUUCGCAGAUUGAACGCGAGGCACUGGCAUGUGUUUGGGCGGCUGAAAGAUUUCAUAAUUAUGUUUUUGGUACUGAAUUUACGUUGCUCACUGACAACAAACCAUUAGUCAGUUUGCUUUCCUUAGAUUGUAAAAAGAUGUUGCCCCCACGGAUUCAACGUUUGGCGUGGAGGUUGCAUCAAUAUAAGUAUAAGAUAAAACAUAUUGAAGGUAAAAUGAAUAUUGCCGACUCUUUCUCAAGGUUGCCUUUAAAUGAAUUAGAUGAAACUAGUUCGGGUAACGUUGCGGAUGAGUAUGUCAAAUUUGUGGUUGAAAAUGAUGUGCCUGACAAUUGUGCGUUGUCGUUAUCAGAGGUGAAAGAGGAAACGACAAAAGAUAAAAUUUUGACUAAAAUUAUGAAUUUGGUUCACGUGGGUGCAUGGCCAGCUGAUGCUGAUAUUAAACCUUUUGAAAAGUUUCGGGAAGAGUUUUCGGUUUUCGAAGGUAUUUUAUUGCGCGGAAAUCGUAUUGUCGUUCCAACUUCUCUUAAGAAGCGGAUUUUGAAACUUGCUCAUGAAAGUCAUGUUGGUAUAGUGCGAACUAAGCAGUUGUUAAGGUCAAAAUAUUUUUGGAUAGGUAUGGAUAGGGAUGUCGAGUCUACGAUUAAAGACUGCCCAGCAUGCGCUGCAAGUAGACCGUUAAAUAAUAAUACACCCUUGCAGCCAGUGCAGUUACCCAAAGCGCCGUGGUUAAAAGGUGCGGUUGAUAUCGUAGGUCCGAUAGAUAAUAAGUACUUAGUAACCUAUAUCGACUAUUACUCUUCCUUUCCUGAAGUGGCCAUUACCCGAGACAUAACCUCAAAAAGUAUUGUUAAAAUUUUGAUGAAUAUAUUUGCUAGGCAUGGUUAUCCUGAGGAAAUUGUCUCAGAUAACGGACCACAAUUUAUCAGUCAGGAAUUUAGGCGUUUCUUGAGCUCUAAAGGAAUUAAGCAUGUACGUAGCUCGCCUUAUUUCCCAAGAAGUAACGGGAAAAUCGAACGGUUUCACAGGUAUUUGAAAAAGAAUUUCCAAGCUGUUACUCUUGAGGGUAGAUCCUGGGAGGAGGAGCUCCCUAAACACUCGUACAGGAGUAUUCCUCAUCCCAUGACAGGAAAAACUCCGGCAAGUUUGCUUUUUCAUAGGGAGAUACGUACAAAGCUUCCGUCAAUUAAGUUGAAUGUUGAUGUGAGCUCAAGCAAUGUAGAGGGAGAUGCACGAUCGUAUCAAAAGCGAAUGAAGUCUUAUCACGAUCGUAAACAACGUGCAAAAGCGCACUCGUUUGUGGUUGGUGAUAUGGUGUAUCUUGCUAGGAGUAAGUGUGAUAGUAAUAGUAAGCUGAAGUCUAAAUUUGACAAUAUUAAGUAUGUGAUUAUAGACUUUGUAGGAAGAGAUACUUGCAAGGUAGUUAAUACAUUAGACGGGAAAACAUAUAUUAGAAAUGUAAAGUUUCUGACUCGUGCUCCGAUUGCGGAACGGGCAUUAAUAUUCCAUGACAUGUUAGAUAAUAAAGAGGUUAAACCUAAAUCUAACACUGGGGUAGAAACAGAUAAUUCUGCAAAAGAUACUUUAAUAAGAACGAGAUCAGGACGUGUAUCAAAGUCCACAAGAUCUAAGGACUUUGUCUAUUAUUGA